CAUGCAAAUUACCAAAAGAAUGGAACCACAAAAGCCAUGAUAAUGCAAGAUACCAAGUCUAAUCCCAACUUGAUUGCGGUUGCAUUUAGUGGUACACAUCCAUUUGAUGCUGAGCAAUGGAGAACAUACAUUGAUAUCUCAUGGUAUGAGCUACCCGACGUAGGUAAGAUACAUGGUGGGUUCAUGAAAGCUUUGGGCCUUCAAAGGAGCCGUGGAUGGCCCAAAGAAAUAGAUGAGAGUGGCCCACAUCAUUAUGCUUACUACACAAUUAGAGACGAGCUAAGUCGAGUGUUUAGGGAAAAUCAGGAUGCAAAGUUCAUAUUAACAGGGCAUAGUUUGGGAGGAGCAUUGGCUAUUCUUUUUGUUGUUAUGCUUAUAUUGCAUGAGGAAGAAUGGUUGUUGGAUAAGUUUGAAGGUGUUUAUACUUUUGGGCAACCAAGAGUUGGAGACAAGAAGUUUGGGGAAUUCAUGGUGGAAAAGAUGAAAAAGUAUGAUGUGAAGCAUAUGAGAUAUGUUUACUCUAAUGAUUUGGUGCCUAGAAUCCCUUAUGAUGACAAAUCCAUUUUCUUUAAGCACUUCAGUCCUUGUCUUUAUUUCAAUAGCUUAUACCAUGGGCAUAUUCUAGAGGAGGAGCCAAACAAGAAUUAUUUCUCUUUGUUUUGGGUGAUACCCAAGAUCUUAAAUGCAGUUUGGGAGGUGAUUAGAGGUUUCCUUCUACCAUUUGUUGUAGGUAGAGAGUAUAAACAGAAUUGGUUCAUGACGAUAUUCAGGCUUGUUGGAUUGAUAAUUCCAGGAAUACCAGCUCAUAUCCCUAAUGAUUACGUCAAUUCUACCCGAUUGGGAUCCUUAAACGAACAUCUAGAGAUUCAAAGACCACAAUAUUCCAAAGAUGAUUAAUAUCAAUGACUUUGUUAUAAUUAGUUUUUAUAUUGGACUCAUAUGUUGGAUUA